UGGUGUGGCAUAUGUGGGUUGGGUUGGCUGCUGCUGCAGUUUUUUAAAAUGCUAAUAAUGUUAGGAUGUAUGGUAGUGUGGUAUUGGUACUGAUAUCCAGAAUAUGAAUGGGUCAAAAGGGGGUUUUUAACUCUAAGCUUGGGAAUACUAAUAUAUGCAAAUCACACAUAUUUUGUACCCAUUCUUCUAUUUUAGUAAUAGCUCUCCGUGCAUACCUUUGUUAUAUCUAGUGAAAUCCAAUUAGUAAGAGCUGGAAUGAUGCAACUUUCAAUCAAGUACUUAUGGUAGAUUUUCUUCAACGUAGUAUUUAUAAGUGAUUUUUCCUUGCACAUUGGCUGAAAUUGAAGAAAACUAGUAAACAACUUUGGCCAAUCUUUUGUGAAGAAGAAAUUGAAAAGGAAAGGCAAGAAACUAUUAAACAUAACUGAAAAGAAUUAGAGGCUGUUGAGAUAGAUCCUGCUAGGUUGAAGAGCAUGGCAAUGUCAUUGUUUGGUUCAAAACCGAAAGCAAGUGGUAAAAGCACUAAAGAGGGGAACAACAAGGUGGGCCAUGGCGCUAAUCUUGAUUAUAUACCACCUGAAGGUGGAGAAAUUCUAAGUUCCUGCAGUGACAAUGAUGUGUCUUCUAGGUCUCAAGCUAAAAAGGCAAAAGUUAUGGGUCCAAGAAAAAAAAGAGGCACUUCAACUACUCAAGCUUUGAGAAAAUCACAAAGAAUUCAAAAAGAGGGUGGCAGCCCCAAUGGAACGACCUCAUCUCUGGCAACUGAACCUACAGUUAAUCAUGCUGAAGGCAUGUCUGUGAUGGUUGCCCAACCUUCUGAGCUCCCCACCUCACCUACCAAUGAGACCAACCAGCAUUCUAGCCUGCCUAAUGUCAGAGGCAGCACGAGGUCCACCUUAAUCCCAAGUAAGAAGCAUGUACGAGGUCCUACAAGGGAUAAAUGUGGAUAAGAAAAGGAAAAAGCUUGGUCAUCC